CAGCUUCAGCUUCACAGGUGCGCACCCUCAACCUUCUGGGCACAGUCUACUUAUAAAGAAUAGGAAGCGCUGUGAUAUACCUUUGCAUCAAACAGUACAGUUUCCCACGAUCCCACGAUACACAGCCGACAUGACUCAAUUCAUUUCCGCCUUCGAGGACUUCUUCAAGUCUAUCUAUGAGCUUUUUGCCAGUAUUAUCGGCACGUUCGCCUCUCUCAUCAACACUCUCAUCUCGACCGUCCUCAAUUUCUUCAGUGGCGUCAUCAACCUGUUCCUCGAUGUUGGCAAGGGAGCCGUCGAUUUGGUUGGGGGCAUCGGGAAGUUCAUUGCCGGCAAUGUUGUGGUACUUGGAGUGAUCGCGGCGGGUGUCUACAUCUACACUCGCCAGCAGCAGGGAAAGCCCGUGGUUCCCGCAAAGAAGACCAACUAAAGCUGUUUUCAUUGCGCGAGACUUGAUUUGGGUUGUGGGCGGAGUUUGGACCUGCAAUACAGAACAGUGGCAAAGGCAGGAUCCAGGGGGCAAGCAUUGAGGAUAAACAUUUCAGUUUUGCGUGGUGUCCUUGGGAAUCAAGAUACCCCUUUCUAGUUUUGGUCCUGACGAAUUCGGCUUAAUUACGUAGGUACAUAGCAACAUGCUAAUCAGCCCCCCAGA